AUGGAGAUGGAUGGCGAUCCUGAUCCAGAGCCGCCAACCGGGACACCAACUCACACCAUCAGUAUCUCCAGCGGUUCUCCUUACCAAGGAUCGCCAUAUCAAGGCCCCGACUCAUGGGCCGAAAGGUGGAACAAGUACGAAUGGGAAUAUACUCCUUCAUUUCAUAACUCUCCUCCUCAACCUCCAUUGGAGGAACCGUAUCUUCAAGCGGUUACUCCACCGCCUUUACCCGUUGAGGAACCACCUCAACAACCAUCACAACCACCUCCCGAGCCACCUAGGCGAAGGAGGAAUGCACGAAUGUCCGUGCGAGGGGGACCACGAUUUAGUUCCCCUCAAGCUUCAAGCACAUACCCUCCUAUUCCCGAAGAUCCAUAG